GUUUGUUUACCGUAGACAGUUCUUUCAGUUUUAGCCUUUUUUCCACCAAAUCUUUUAAAAUGGAUAAACCCCGUGAUAAAGUGUUUCGCCGUAAAGAUAGUAUAACCAGGAUACCUAAAGUGUACGAAAAUGGACGCAAGGAUGUACCCCGUCCUAGGAGUAGAAGUGUUUUUACAAGUUCUCAUGCUAAUGACGACCUUCCUACCAGAGAUAUUGUAAGGUACGAGGGGCAAACUUCUCGCCCCCUGUACGUUCCGAAACCCAUUACCGUGAAAAAUUACUUUUCUGAAGAAUACAAUGAUGCUUACACGGACGAUGGCUAUUCUGGUGGUACCAUAAUUUCACCACAAGGAAUUAUCACCAUGCAUCUACGUGAAUAUAUCAGAGUUGAUUUGUCGCUUGAUCGCGCUAUUCGUAUUUCAAAUGCAAAAAAUGGUAUAGUUUUGGCUUUGAGCGCCAGUGGCAGUUCUUCUGGUCUAAUCCACCCCAAUGGAAGGGUGUACCAAUAUGGAUCUAGGGUAGAAAUCAUGGCCAAUGAUAACCACGGAAAUAAUAAGUUUGCAAAAAUGUGGUAUAAAGGAGUAAGCUUUACCAGCGUUCAAUGUGCUUUGGUGUACUUAGUAGAUUCUGCUGGUACUAGAACUACCACCGACACUUUUAACGAUUUGACUCACGAUUUUACUCUCAAUAUAUUUUAUGAAGACUCACCAUAUUCUUACCUUGACACUCCGAACACAACACAUACCACUCAUUUGGUAAAUGAAGCCAUGAAUGUACUUCAAGCUACCAACUGCUGGAUGACAGAAGAUGGAACCACCAAUUGGAUUAUUAACAAUGUUAGGAUUUCUCAAACUGCCGAUGGACUUGUCAGAGUUGGAAGAAAUAGCAACAAAUUUUCUCUAAGGACUUCUCCUACCAAUGGCUCAGCAUCGGUGUCCUCUCCCUAUAUGCACUGCACAGGCUCGAUGGGACAAACACGCCAUCUGUUCGUUAGGCGCGGUGAGCGCCGUAUGCACUAUGACGGAUCAACUUUUAUUGUCCGAAACGCCGGACAUUCUGCCGGAUUCGACGAAAAGCACCAGCUAAAAGUUUACUAGUUCUUCAUUUCGUUACAAUGGCUGGUUUCAAAUUUUUUCUCAUUGAUGGGGAAUCUCCAGUCAUUCUUUAGUUGAUUAUUGUGUUCAGAAGAAUUUUGCUAUUAGUUUAUAAAAAUUUCAGUAUCUAUUUCAUUGUGUGAUGGAAUUUGGCUCAAGGGUUUUUAUUUUUAAAGUGGAUUUAUAAAGCCGUUAUAAAAUAAUCCAGGAGUUCGUAAGAGAGCAACUUAUAAAAUUGAUCAAAGUUAGUAUCUUUCUACGAAUAUACUUCUAAAAUAAUACCAUUGACGUACAUUCGGAUAUUAGUCAGUUCUUUGCCAUCAAUAAAAUAGUGCUUUUUAGUAGUAAAUACAUAGUUUUAGUACAAGUUAUUAGAUAUGAACAUGCGAAGUGGAUUUCUAAGCGAUUUCUUCCAUCGUAUAUAUUUGUCAUAUCUCUCUCGAUGGAUCUGGCCUAUCAAAGACCAACACGUCAUUUAAUUAAUUUCAAAAUUGAUAUACGCAUUAUAUAAUAAUAACUAUUUCAGGCAAUCUAUUGUAUUUUUUAGAGGUUACAUAGCUAUCACGAGUCAAUAUAUUUUCGUCUUUUUUUUAAUCUAGAUUAUGCAUACAUUUUAUAGCUAUAUGACCUCUAAAAGCCCCAAUCUUCAAGUCAGAAAAAAGUUUUAGUUUUGAAUUUUUCUCAAUUCUAUCUUUAAAUGAUAUAAAAUAGGAUUACUAUCUACAAUGAUCGUGAACUGAAGGUUUAUGGUUUCAUUCAGGAUCAAGGAGCAGGAUCAGGAUCAAAGCUUCAAGGAUUCUUUUGACAGGUUAAUUGGUACACUAGAUUUUGCUAAAUUACUAGGUGAUCAUCUUUGGAUAUUAUCUGGUUAUAUAACAGUUAAAUUUACUAAUUGAUGUAUUGUGUUUUUAUAUAUUUGCCUUAGUUCUAGUAUUUGCUAAUUCUUAGUUUACCCAUCAUCAUAACCAUUACGCAAUCUUCGCGUAUACAUCGCUGAACAUAGAUCUCCCUCAUAACUUUCCAUCUUUUUUAGUCCUGUGUCGCUUGCAUCCAGUUUUUGGAAAUGAUCUAUAUGUUCAGUCAUUCGUGUGCGUGGACGGUCUUUCUUUUGGUACGCAACAUCGCACGUUGCACUUUGACUUACUCUCACUUUCUACCGUGUCAUGGUCAGGGUUUCCGCUGUAGCUGAACACUGUUAAGACAGAAUUGACAGAAUUUAAUUCUUUUCAGAUUCGAAAACAUAGGUCAACUUUCCGAAAAGAAGUCAGUCUUAUACAACAAACAAAUGCUAUGGUUGUUAUUUCUUAUCGUUUUUAUUUCUUAUCGUAAGAUAUUUAUAUCUAUAGAUAUUGAUAUAAUUCUAAUUAUUUUCUAAUAGUUUCGUGAUGUAUUUUUGUAAAAACCCCGUCUAUUUGGCUUAUUCAAUUAGCUUUUAUUUAGUAGAAAUUUUACUUGCAUACAUUUAAUUUACAGCAGUGUUAAAAUGCUGUUAGCUCUGCUCGGUCCCUUAGAUUAACGAAAUAGUUAAUUUCGGUUUCGUUAAUCUAAGCUCGGGACUUACUGUUCAUCUGGAAGUGCUGCUAAGUACUUAUCUACAGCCGCGUUGACUUCUUGAUUUGACGAAAAGAGCUGACUAGUGAGGGAUACCUUUAGAUUUGAGAAUAGAUGAAAGUCCGAGGGUGCCAAAUCUGGAAAUAUUGGCAAUUGGCGGAUGUAUUGUCUCGAUGUGGAAAAACAUAUCUUUUUUUCUUUAAAUCUUUAUUGCGUUCACGAAUGUUUGCAUCCAUCUUCAAUAAAUAUUGAGGGUAAUAUUCUCGGUUUAUUGUUUUAUUAAUAAAUAGAACCAAACCAAACAGUUUUUUAUAAAACAAUUAUUUUCCCAUCCUCUGUUCACAUUUGCUGUACUUUUCCAAUUUUUCCGCAAAUACCGGGAAUGUGAUGUUGUCGACUUUAAAGAAGUCUUAACUGCCAAGGAAGAUAAUUUUAUAAACGUUCAGUUUCUUUCCACAAAUAAUAACCAUUCCUGGAUCUGGAAAUUCAUACUGCCUUAAUAGUAAUUCACUAAUUUUUUCUUUACUAAUGUCUUUUUCUUUAUUUAAAGCUAAUUUUUUAGUAACAUUUACUAUACUAUGCUUUCCAUCCGUAGAUGUUAACACUUUUACAUGAAUUUUUGGACCCAAAAACCUGGAAUCUGAAGUAACGAGAAUCAUGAGUUUCAUUAGGUGCUAAUGCAACUUCCAACAAAAACAGAUUUUUUUCGUAAAAUAUGAACGUGUUAGUCAGACAUAAUAGCAUUGAAAUGCCGGUUAUUGAUGGUUAUAAAGUACUUUACAUUUUAUUACAUAGUUUAAAUACAAUUUUUGAAAAUAGUUGGAGGACUGUCUAGACUAACAAUAAAGCCUCAACAUUUAACUAUCAUUAUUGGUGUUGAAGAAUAUUUAUUGGUGGAUUUGGCUAACCUCGUAUAUUGGUGUUUAGGUCUUAAUAUUCCGUAGUUAACGUUAGUUUCUAUGACUAUAAAGAUAAUUGAAAAAAGCAUGAAGAGAAGUUACAGCAAAUCGUAGAAUUCAGAAAAUUGGAAAAUAUCAACAUAAUUUGGCACACCCAUGUAAAACAUCGACAUAAAAAUAGAUUUUUGGGUCUAAAAAUUCAUGUAAAAGUGUUAAUAUCUGCGGAUGAAAAGCAAAGUAGAGUAAAUGUUACUAAAAAAUUAGCUUUAAAUAAAGAAAAAGACAUUAGUAAAGAAAAAAUAGUUAAUUACUAUUAAGGCAGUAUGAAUUUGAAGAUCCAGAAAUGGCUAUUAUUUGUGGAAAGAAACUGAACAUAUUAUCUUCCUUGGCAGUUAAGACUAAUAGAAUUAUUUAAAGUCAACAAAGUCAACAUUACAUUUUCAGUGUUUGUGGAAAAAUUGGAAAAGUACAGCAAAUGUGAACAGAAGGUGGGAGGAAUAAUUCUCAGUUUAUGGUUUUACCAUGAUAGUUAAUCCCCAUCUUCUUCACCAUUACAUAGUCCCACCUCUUUCUUAAUUAAAAAUUCCUCUGAUUCUCUAGUUUAGUGUCAUGGUUAUUUCGAUGUUGCACUCUACUUAUGAUAUUUUACCUGAUGUCUUUCGUGUAUGGUCCUUAUUACUCGUAACGAUUUUUAUGUUUCAUACACAUUCUUUAUUGGACUUCUUAGUACAUGGUUUAGUUUUUCAGAAUGUCCACAUUUCAUGUGUUUUUGUCUCAAUAGAUAUGUUAUGCUGGAAGAUAAAUUUAAACAAUUGGGUUAUACUUAUUGCCACAAAAUACCAUCAUUGGUAAGAAUUCGGUUAAAUACAAUCAAUGAUAUAAUAAACAUAUUGUUAAAUUCGAAAGAUUAUAUUCAAAAUAUUUUUUUUAAAUAUCAAGAACAUAUAUUUUUCAAAACCAAAUUGUUUUUAAAUGUAUUUUACAUUUCGCUGCUAUUCAUGCAGCUAAACUAAGAACAAAAAUAUUCUCGAUGGUAAUAAAUGAUAUUAUAAAAUGAAGACUACGAUUAGAUGUAAGAUUUAAAUGAGACAAUCUGAUAAUUUACUUUGAUCAUUGUGUAAACUUCAUAUAAACGACUUUGAUAAACAAAGUAAAUACGAGACUUACCCUUGAGCCAAACAAAAAUAAUUUUAUAAAAGUAAUAUUUAUCCCAAAGACCUCUCGUAUUCUUUUCGUUAAAUUGAUGUUUUUUGAUUAAACGAUAAAUAUACGAAAGGUAGCGAUUUUUUACCUUUACAAAAAGUGUAUGUAACAUCAAUUUGGUAGCAAAAUUAUGGAAGGUGUCAGCUUUAUUUAAGUUUGCUGUUUUUACCUGUGAUACCAAAUUUCAUGACGAAAUAAAAGCGUUUGAAAUUUGUAAAUAAAUAAUGAUGAAUAU